UAGCUUCUGCUUCUGGGUGGCAUGAGCCAUAUAUCUGCCAUAUAUGGUUUCUCUAGUUUUCUGCUGCCUACAUAUACCCAAGGGAGACCUAUACCCGCUCUGGUUCUGACUUAUAAGUCACCAACUCCCCAUGGAGUUGAGACAUUCAAUGUGAAACUGGAAACCCACAUGACUAAUUUACUCCUACUCCGCCAUCAGCGUGUCCGUCAACGCAUCCGGGCCAUAAUAUGCUCGUCUCGCUUCUCCUCCCAGCUUUGUUGGCAACCUCAGCUACGGGCCUCUCUAUCCAACAUGAGAGGGCCGAACCGCCGAGCAAAGCCCUCGAUGCUCGUCAAGCCGUUGUCACGCCGCCCCCCUGCGAGCCCAUGGUCCCCGAGCCCAGCGCUGAAGAGACGGAAGAGAGGUUCAAUCGAUUUGCCAACGCCUUCCUGGUGACCAAGAACCUCACGGAAGCGUUUGAGUACAUCUCCGCUACGUACAUCAAUCAUAACCCCUGGGCCGAGAAUGGUCCCGAAGCAGCGCUUGAUGUCCUCGGGCCCAUUUGGCCGACUAUUGAUAUCACCGUCCUCCGAACAACCUUCCAGUGCAACACGGGCUGGUUGAACUACGUUGCUACCGGAGUAGGUGAAGUUGUGGAUCGAUUCCGUUGGGAGUCUGGCUGCAUCGUUGAGCACUGGGACUUUGGCGAAGUCUAUCCCGAGUAAAGAGGAGGUUGAUAUCGGCUGGGUUGAGGUUCAGACCAAAUGCAGGACACAAACCACGAACGCAUAUAUUACCUUGGGUCCCGAGAUGAGGGGACGGAAGGAUAAGGGGUACAUGUUAUCUUGAACACUUCGGCCUACUUACAGCACAACACAUUCAAAGACCCCUCGUAUUCAUGGGAGUAAACUAUCACGUCUAUAUGCCGUCUAUAGUCCUAUGAGAUAUCAAGUCCCUGAUCGGCCACGGGGGUUCCAACCUUUUAAUUCAUGCCGGCUUAUUUG